GGUCAUUCCCAAUUAUACUAUUGAUAAAAUGGACAUCAUAACGGCUUAACCAAGCUUAACAACCUACAAAAUGAACAUUACCACCAUAACCUCCACUAUUUAACCUCAAAAUUAAAUUUCCAACUACUCUCUUUCCCCAAGACUCCCCCUCCUUCCCUGGCUCCAACACACGCAUACACGUCUUCUCUCUCUCUUUUAAAUACAAAAUCCAACCAACAUUCAUUUAUUCACCCGCUUUUUCCUCAGUAACUCAAAAUUCCAACUAUGGCGCCCAAGAAAAUAACCAGAACAAUUCUAACUGCACUCCUCAUUUUCUCUCUCCUCUUCAACCUCACCUCUGCUCUUCUGAAACUCGGACAAACAUGCGCUGCUGAUCGAAAUUGCGAUCAAGGACUUCACUGCGAAACUUGCGUCGCAAAUCGUAAUCUUCGCCCUCGCUGUACUCGCAUUCAACCUGUUAAUCCUCUCUCUAAGGUGAAAGGAUUGCCGUUUAACAGAUACUCGUGGUUAACGACUCAUAACUCGUUCGCUAGACUCGGCCAGAAAUCGGCUACUGGUGCCGUAAUUCUCGCUCCUACUAAUCAGCAGGAUUCUGUUACGUCUCAGCUUAACGAUGGUGUUAGAGGAUUUAUGCUUGAUAUGUAUGACUUCAACAACGAUGUUUGGCUGUGCCACUCCUUUGGUGGGAGAUGUUACAACAAUACAGCCUUUAAACCUGCAGUAGAAGUCUUGAGGGAGAUGCAGACCUUCCUUGAGGCUAACCCUUCUGAGAUUAUCACCAUAUUUAUUGAAGAUUAUGUUACAUCACCCAAGGGUCUGACAAAGGUGUUUGAUACUGCUGGCCUCAGGAAGUAUUGGUUUCCAGUAUCCCGAAUGCCCAAAAAUGGGGGUAAUUGGCCCAUAGUUGAUGAUAUGAUUCAGAAAAACCAGCGGCUGUUGGUGUUCUCUUCAAAAGCUAAUAAAGAGGCUUCUGAAGGGAUUGCCUACAAUUGGAGAUAUGUCUUAGAAAAUCAAUAUGGUGAUGGUGGUAUGGUAGCUGGCUCAUGUCCUAAUCGUGCAGAAUCACGUCCCAUGAACACGACCUCUAUAUCCCUAGUGUUGGUCAAUUAUUUUCGUACUGUACCAGAUUUAGCCAUUGCCUGCAAGCACAAUUCAGCUCCACUAGAAAGCAUGUUGGGCACCUGUUAUAAUGCAUCAGGAAAAAGAUGGGCCAAUUUUGUGACUGUUGAUUUUUAUAAGAGAAGUGAUGGAGGUGGAGCUCCAGCUGCUGUAGAUGAAAUGAACGGUCAUCUAGUUUGUGGAUGUGCCAGCAUUGUGCAGUGCAGGGCUAACAUGACAUUCGGAUCCUGCAAUGUUCCUCAAGCUGAACCCUACCCACCCAUGGUAGCACCUAUUUCAAGCAUUGGCUAUUCGAGGAAGUUGCCUCCUCUCUGGUGGUUGUUCGGGACCAUUUCUGUUGCCUGUUUGAUGUCGUUCCUGUGAGUUUUACACCUCUACGCUUACACGCUUAGUAGUUUUGCAUAGUUUGCUGUCAUUACUUUUACCUUUUAGUUUUAAUUUAAUGGAGGGAAAGGUGUAUGGGAAUAUGUUAAUUUAGCCAUUUAGUGACAAUGAAAUUUUAAGGCAAUUUAGGAAUCAAAUUGUUUCAGACUUCACAUUUAUUGGCUACUAGUAUAGUGCCCGUGCAAUACACGGAUUACAAAUUAUAAUGAUAAUUUUAUAUGUAGAUUAUAUAAUACAAUAUUUAUUUAUAAG